UUAGACUUCAGAGUCAGGAAACCUGUGUUUUGCGACCUGGUUUCAAAACCCUAAAUUAGCCGAAUUUUGCGGCAGCAAAGUGCGGUUUUGAAAAAACUUUUUGUCGGACCUGAAAGCGCGGAAUGGCGAGCUCAAAACUGUUAAAAGUUUGAUUUCGGAAAAUCAAAGGAAAAUUGACUGCGGUGGCGCGAAUCGUUCCCGUCUGCUCCGACUGCCUGACACGCCCCUUUCGACAUUGUUUACAACCAUGAAUCUGAAGAAAGUGUGCCGAAUUUUUGGGCCGAAUCACCGCGAGGAGCAGCCUGAGAGAUGUCCUCGUUCAUGCUGAGAGUCGCAGGCUGGAACCGAAUCUAGGUUCUCAGGAUGCAAGCGUUUAUGUGCAACAACGACGGAGUGCCCCUGUCCGAGGCACUGUUCACCAUCCAACUGAGUCCAACACCGGGUUCUUCACGCGGCGAUUCGCUGGCAGUGGGUGCCCGUGUGGCCACUCCUCUCGAAUUGGGCAAGAAGUUGCUCGAGGCGGCCAGGGACGGACUUGAAGACGAGUGCCGGAAUCUGAUGGCCAGAGGAGCCCCUUUCACUUCAGACUGGUUGGGGACGAGUGCGUUGCAUUUAGCUGUCCAGAACGGCCACUUUGAGACGGCCAAUUUGCUCUUACGGGGUGGAAUUUCGAGAGACGCCCGCACCAAAGUGGACCGAACUCCACUGCAUUUUGCAGCAAGUGAGGGCCACACAAAUCUGGUCACACUUCUGCUAGAAAACGGAGCAGAUGUUGAUGCAACAGAUAUGCUUCUUAUGUCGCCUCUGCAUUGGGCAGUCGAGAGAGGCCACUAUUCAGCAGUGGUCAAGUUGAUGGAGUACGGAUCAAAUCCAAAUUCUAUCAGUAAAUUCGAGAAAACGCCGCUUUCAAUUGCCUUAGAGAGUGGGAGGCAGGACAUAAUGGAUGCCUUGCAAAACACCGAAGUUAGGGAUGGAAUAAGAAUGGAGAACGAUCCGUCAGAAUAUUUAAACAGACAACUCGAGGAAGCUGACACAGCAGCAGAAAAUUUAAUUCAGUAUUCAGAAGAUGUAGGCGUUACAGACGAAGUAAUCGAAGUCUCGCCCAAAAGACCGGAUGUUUCUGGGACCAAAGCGCCUUCCACAAAGUACCACAUGAAGUUCAGUGACAAGAAGCCCAAAAAGACCUACUCCGCACCAAGCGCAAGUGCGUCGAGUGUCGAAAGCAACAUCCAGUUCCUGCGAUCCCAUGGCAUUCAGAUGUUGCCUGCCGACGACUCCAACAUUGUGGCCUCGGCUAUGGAAAGUGGCCAGACAGUUGUGCUUACAGAAGCUGGAAAGAUGGCUCUCAACCUGACACGUGGGGCCAUCAGCAACACGACCCCGAAAACAAAGUCCAGCAAGCCAAACAUCAUGACCAUAUCCGCUGACCAAUUUGCCGCCAUAACAGGUAGAAAAGUGAUCAAUUUAUACACGCAAGGCCAAAAGAAUGCAAAAAGCACUACUGCAGCAACAAUAACACUCCCUAAAAUUAUUAGUACAACGACAAUGAAACGAGUUAAUCAGGAUUGUUCCAACUCCGAUGGAAGUUUGCCAAAGACACUCCGAAUUAUGAAAUCGAACAAAGUGAUGUUGAGCAAGGAGUGCAGUGACGAUGACUUGCAAUUAGUGCAUCAAAAGCUAGCAGAGGCGCAGCGUGAUGCUGAGAAAUACAGACUGCAGCUCCUGCAAAAGGAGCAAGAAGCUGAAAAGUACAGACAGAAAUUGCAAUCGCUGACUAAGAGUGCGCAAUAGUGCAAGUGAAGGUGGAGUCGAUCUCUCCUUUAUCGUUUCAGUUUCAUCCUUGCUUUUACAAGUGGCUCAAUUAACCAAUGUGUUUGUUGGUUUUUCAAUACAUUAACAUUUGUGUUUCCAGCGCCUUGCUUGCCUAUCAAGUCUUUUAUGAUCUUUCUUCUGCAUUGUGCUCAAGACAUUUUGAGUGUAAAUAGUUCCGACAAUUAAUCCUACAGAACUUUGUAUUUGAUUAUGAUGUACAUUUUGCAAUAUUGUAAGUACUUAGAAGACAGGAUUUCGACCAGAAAAUACAAAUUUGGUUGCGAGAA